AUGCGGGGCUCGGAGCCCCGGGGUGCGGGACGCCGGCGGCCCCCGGGCGGCGGCGGCGACCUCCCCAGCACCCCCGCGUCUCUGGCCGGCUGCUACUCCGCACCUCGCAGGGCCCCCCUCUGGACUUGCCUUCUCCUGUGCGCCGCGCUCCGGACCCUCCUGGCCAGCCCCAGCAACGAAGUGAAUUUGUUGGAUUCACGAACUGUCAUGGGGGACUUGGGAUGGAUUGCUUUUCCAAAAAAUGGGUGGGAAGAGAUUGGUGAAGUUGAUGAAAAUUAUGCCCCUAUCCACACAUACCAAGUAUGCAAAGUUAUGGAACAGAAUCAAAAUAACUGGCUUUUGACCAGUUGGAUCUCCAACGAAGGUGCUUCCAGAAUCUUCAUAGAACUCAAGUUUACUCUGCGAGACUGCAACAGUCUUCCUGGAGGGCUGGGGACCUGUAAGGAAACUUUUAACAUGUAUUACUUUGAGUCAGAUGAGAAUGGGAGAAACAUCAAGGAAAACCAGUACAUCAAAAUUGAUACCAUUGCUGCCGAUGAAAGCUUUACAGAACUUGAUCUUGGUGACCGUGUCAUGAAACUGAAUACAGAGGUCAGAGAUGUAGGACCUCUAAGCAAAAAGGGAUUUUAUCUCGCUUUUCAAGAUGUGGGUGCUUGCAUUGCUCUCGUUUCCGUUCGUGUAUACUAUAAAAAAUGUCCUUCUGUGGUACGACACUUGGCUGUCUUCCCUGACACAAUCACUGGAGCUGAUUCUUCACAGUUGCUUGAAGUGUCGGGCUCCUGUGUCAACCAUUCUGUGACAGAUGAACCACCCAAAAUGCACUGCAGCGCUGAAGGGGAGUGGCUUGUGCCCAUCGGGAAAUGCAUGUGCAAGGCAGGAUACGAAGAGAAAAACGGCACCUGUCAAGUGUGCAGACCUGGGUUCUUCAAAGCCUCACCUCACAGCCAGAGCUGCAGCAAAUGUCCACCUCACAGUUAUACCCAUGAGGAAGCUUCAACCUCUUGUGUCUGUGAAAAGGAUUAUUUCAGGAGGGAUUCUGAUCCACCCACAAUGGCAUGCACAAGACCCCCCUCAGCUCCUCGGAAUGCCAUCUCAAAUGUUAAUGAAACUAGUGUCUUUCUGGAAUGGAUUCCUCCUGCUGACACUGGUGGAAGGAAAGAUGUGUCAUAUUAUAUUGCAUGCAAGAAGUGCAACUCACAUGCAGGUGUGUGUGACGAGUGUGGCGGUCAUGUCAGGUACCUCCCCCAGCAAAUCGGCCUGAAAAACACCUCUGUCAUGAUGGUGGAUCUGCUUGCUCACACAAACUAUACCUUUGAGAUUGAGGCAGUGAAUGGAGUGUCCGACUUGAGCCCAGGAGCCCGGCAGUAUGUGUCUGUAAAUGUAACCACAAAUCAAGCAGCUCCCUCUCCAGUCACCAAUGUGAAAAAGGGGAAAAUUGCAAAAAACAGCAUCUCUUUGUCUUGGCAAGAGCCAGAUCGCCCCAAUGGAAUCAUCCUGGAGUAUGAAAUCAAAUAUUUUGAAAAGGACCAAGAGACCAGCUAUACAAUUAUCAAAUCUAAAGAGACAACUAUAACUGCAGAGGGCUUGAAACCAGCUUCAGUAUAUGUCUUCCAAAUUCGAGCACGCACAGCAGCAGGCUAUGGUGUCUUCAGUCGAAGAUUUGAGUUUGAAACCGUCCCAGUGUCAGUUGCAGCAUCCAGCGAUCAAAGCCAGAUUCCUAUAAUUGCUGUGUCUGUGACAGUGGGAGUCAUUUUGUUGGCAGUGGUUAUCGGCUUCCUCCUCAGUGGAAGUUGCUGCGAUUGUGGCUGUGGAAGGGCUUCUUCCCUGUGCGCUGUUGCCCAUCCAAGCCUAAUAUGGCGGUGUGGUUACAGCAAAGCAAAACAAGAUCCAGAAGAGGAAAAGAUGCAUUUUCAUAAUGGGCACAUUAAACUGCCAGGAGUAAGAACUUAUAUUGAUCCACACACCUAUGAGGAUCCCAAUCAAGCUGUCCAUGAAUUCGCCAAGGAGAUAGAGGCUUCAUGCAUCACCAUUGAAAGAGUUAUUGGAGCGGGUGAAUUUGGUGAAGUUUGUAGUGGACGUUUGAAACUUCCAGGAAAAAGAGAAUUACCUGUGGCAAUUAAAACCCUUAAAGUAGGCUAUACUGAAAAGCAACGCAGAGAUUUCCUGGGUGAAGCAAGUAUCAUGGGGCAGUUUGACCAUCCUAACAUCAUUCACUUAGAAGGUGUUGUGACCAAAAUUACACAUACAGGUAAACCCGUGAUGAUAGUGACAGAGUAUAUGGAAAAUGGCUCUUUAGAUACAUUUUUAAAGAAAAAUGACGGGCAGUUCACUGUGAUCCAGCUGGUUGGUAUGCUGAGAGGCAUCGCUGCAGGAAUGAAGUACCUUUCUGACAUGGGCUAUGUGCAUAGAGACCUUGCUGCCAGAAACAUCUUAAUCAAUAGUAACCUUGUGUGCAAAGUGUCUGACUUUGGGCUUUCCAGGGUACUGGAGGAUGAUCCUGAGGCAGCCUACACCACUAGGGGAGGCAAAAUUCCAAUCAGAUGGACUGCCCCAGAAGCUAUAGCUUUCCGAAAGUUUACCUCUGCCAGUGAUGUCUGGAGCUAUGGGAUCGUGAUGUGGGAGGUUGUGUCUUAUGGAGAGAGACCCUACUGGGAGAUGACCAACCAAGAUGUGAUUAAAGCUGUAGAGGAAGGCUACCGUCUGCCAAGCCCCAUGGACUGUCCUGCUGCUCUCUACCAAUUAAUGCUGGAUUGCUGGCAGAAAGACCGAAAUAGCAGGCCCAAGUUUGAUGAAAUCGUCAAUAUGUUGGACAAGCUGAUCCGUAACCCAAGUAGUUUGAAGACACUGGUUAAUGCAUCGAGCAGAGUACCUAAUUUGUUGGCAGAACAUGGCUCACUGGGGUCUGGGGCCUACAGAUCAGUAGGUGAAUGGCUAGAAGCAAUCAAAAUGGGCCGAUAUACAGAGAUUUUCAUGGAAAAUGGAUACAGUUCAAUGGACGCUGUGGCUCAGGUGACCUUGGAGGAUUUGAGACGGCUUGGAGUGACUCUUGUUGGUCACCAGAAGAAGAUUAUGAACAGCCUUCAAGAAAUGAAGGUGCAGCUGGUCAACGGGAUGGUGCCAUUGUAA